AUUUGGAAAGGUUAAAAAUUAUGGAUUAUAGGCUUUUUUUCAACCCAAGCUAACUAUGAAAAAACAUGUGGCCCAAAAAAACUUGACCCUACAAUUUUAAAGUAACUGGCCCUUUGGGCUGGCUCCAAAACACUGCUUCAGGGCCACUUAGGAGGUAACCCUACAGUUUGGUUACAGAAAUCCCAAUUUUUACUAACUCUCAUUCUAUUUUCUUACCCUACAGAACCCAUUUGGACACUGACCUAUAAACCCAAAUAUGGAACCAGUGGUCUACAACCAGUCAUUCAUUCUCUCCUACACUGAGUUUAUUCUCUUGGGUUUCCCUGGGAUAUCUGGAUGGAGACCCCUCCUGGCAAUUCCAUCCUUUUCUGUUUAUUUAGUUAUCCUGAGUGGGAAUUCUCUCAUCAUCUGUCUGAUUUACACUGACAAAACACUUCAUUCCCCCAUGUAUUUGCUCAUGUCAGUGGUUUUUGCCAUUAGCAUCACUAUUUCUACUGCCAUAUUGCCUAAAUUCCUCCUUGACUUGUUAUUUCAUCUCAACCAAGUUUCCCUGACUGGAUGUCUUCUGCAAAUGUUUUCUAUUUACUUCUCAUCAACAUGUGAGUCCAGUGUGAUCCUAUUAAUGUCCUUAGACAGAUAUGUAGCAAUCUGUAGGCCACUGCGUUAUCAUAACAUCAUGACAAAGAGGCUCCUCAUCUCAAUGACAAUCAUUGCAAUAAUUCGGAACUGCCUCCUUAUUUGCCCAUUGGUCUUAUUAACCUCUAUGGUUCAAUUCUGCAAGUCGAACAUCAUUCUGCACUUUGCAUGUGAAAACAUGGCGCUUCUCAGUCUUGCAUGUGGAGACACCACCAAACCACAGAUUGCUGGGUUAAUUGUGCGAAUUCUUGUCAAUGUCCUUGAUGCUGGUCUACUCUUAAUUUCCUACUCAACCAUACUCUACACAGUCAUGAAAACAGUAAUUGGGAAAUCCAGACACAAAGCUCUUAACACCUGUGGGACACAUAUAUUGGUGGCAAUGCUGCUGUAUGUGACCGGACUGGCAUCUUCCCUCGUGUUGAGGAUGGACACAACCUUGUCAAUUGAUACUAAGAAUCUAUUCACUGUACUAUACCUACUUGGCCCAGCUUUCUUAUACCCCUUUAUAUAUGGAUUAAGGGUGUCAGAGAUCAGAAAGAGUCUGGUUAAAUGCUGGAGAAAACAGAACAAUUUGUUCUCAUGAUGAAAUGGAAGACAUGCUCAACAUUCCUAGUGCUGGCAGUAGGUUGAUGCAAAAGAUAUAUCCAAUAUGGAUACAUCAAGCAUUGAAACGUUGAUACUGUGUAUGUCUGUCAUUAGCUACAUCUGACCCUCACUAAAUGGAAGCCAUAAAAUUAUAA